GUCAAGUGUCGAGUUUAACCACCUCCACAGAAGCAGGCAAACGUGGAUCGGCGAAGUACGCAGCAUGCAGCGUUGUGUUUCACAACGGCGAGGGUGUGAGCGUGUGCACCAGCACCGCCUUCCCCAUCUACCCUCCCCUCAUCCUCCUCUUUCCUCCACCCCAACCAGGAAACACGGGCCCGGCUGGUCUGAAGCCGUCUCGCGUGAGGAGGGCAGAAAUGGCGGCCAACAUGUACCGGGUCGGAGAUUAUGUCUUCUUUGAGAAUUCCUCCAGCAACCCUUAUCUGAUCAGGCGAAUAGAGGAGCUGAAUAAGACGGCGAGCGGGAACGUGGAGGCCAAGGUGGUCUGCUUCUACAGGCGGAGGGACAUCUCACACAGCCUCAUUCAGCUGGCGGACAAGCAUGCGAAGGACCUGGAGGAGGAGAAGGAGAGCCCCAGCGAGCCGGAGCUCAGCGAAAAACAGAAGCACCAGCUGCGCCAUCGAGAACUCUUCCUGUCCCGGCAGUACGAGUCGCUACCGGCAACGCACAUCAGGGGGAAGUGCAGUGUGGCGCUCCUGAACGAAACCGAGGCAGUUCUCUCCUACCUGGAUAAAGAGGACACCUUCUUCUACUCGCUGGUGUACGACCCCACGCAAAAGACCCUGCUGGCUGACAAGGGAGAGAUCCGGGUGGGCCCCCGCUUCCAGGCCGACGUCCCAGAAAUGCUGCAGGAGGGCGAGCCGGAUGAGAGGGACCAGUCCAAGCUGGAGGAGAAGAUGUGGGACCCCCACUGUCCGCUCACCAGCAAGCAGAUCGACCAGUUCCUCGUGGUGGCACGUGCGGUGGGGACCUUCGCCCGGGCGCUGGACUGCAGCAGCUCUGUCCGACAGCCCAGUUUACACAUGAGCGCCGCCGCCGCCUCCCGAGACAUCACGCUGUUCCACGCCAUGGACACCCUGCACCGGCACGGCUACGACCUGUCCAGCGCCAUCAGCGUGCUGGUACCGCAGGGGGGGCCGGUUCUGUGCCGGGACGAGAUGGAGGAAUGGAGCGCGUCCGAGGCCAACCUGUUCGAGGAGGCGCUGGAGAAAUACGGCAAGGACUUCAACGACAUACGGCAAGACUUUCUCCCUUGGAAGUCUCUGACCAGCAUCAUUGAGUAUUACUACAUGUGGAAGACCACAGACAGAUACGUACAACAGAAACGGCUGAAGGCCGCAGAAGCGGAGAGCAAGCUGAAACAAGUUUACAUCCCUACAUAUAACAAGCCCAACCCCAACCAGAUCAGUAACGGCAAGAUGGCCACCAUGAACGGAGCCGCGGGGGCAGGGGGGUACCAGUCGGCCGGGGCGGGGAGAGCGUGCGAGAGCUGCUUCUCCAUGCAGUCCUCUCAGUGGUACUCGUGGGGCCCCCCCAACAUGCAGUGCCGCCUGUGUGUGUCCUGCUGGAUGUACUGGAAGAAGUACGGGGGGCUGAAGAUGCCCAGUCGAGCCGAGGGAGAGGAUAAGAUGCCCGCCAGCCCCGCCUCCAAUGAGCCUCGCUCGCGGAGCCACGGCGCCCGGCAGGGCUCGCACAUGGUUCCCAUGCGGAACAGCGGCAGCCCCAAGUCCUCCAUGAAGACCAAGCAGGCCUUCCUCCUGCAGGCCACGCGCCUCACCAAGCUGGCCCGUCACAUGUGCCGUGACCUCAUCAGACUGCGCCAGGCCGCGCGCCGGCCCUUUGUGCCCAUUAACUGUGGCGCCGUAAAGGCGGAGUACAUGAGCCGAGUUCCAGAAGGCGGAGGUCGGCCAGCACGCUUCAGGGCCUCACAGAGGAGCACUCUGUCCAGCAUCCUGCAGUAUCUGGAGUCGCGUCCAGUGCCCCACACUCCGCGGCCCCCCCGCACCCCCGGCCUGCAGGUUCAGCCCCCCAAGAGCCUGCUCUCCUCACUGCCUAGCCACGGACCAUUAGGCAUGCUGGGAAAACGCAGCUACCAACACCACAGCAGGAUGGAGAUGACGGAGAGGCGAGGGGCCGCGCCCGGGCAAGAUAACUCCAGCUAUAAUGUGGGACCCGUCUUGCACAAUGGACAGAGCAGCGGCAGCGCCCUCCGGACUGGCGGCAACAUGCUCCGCAAGCGACGUCCCAAUUGGAUCGAUGCCCCCAACGACAGCUUCUUCCUCGUUUCCAGGGAGACCAGGAGAGUUCGGAGACUGCUCUCUCGCUCCCAGCUGAGGAAAGCCUGUAGGCAGCCGUGUGAGCAGAUCAGCGUGCGGAGGGCGGCCCUGGGCCCCCCACCGGGGCUGACCCAGGCACCCCCACACUCCGGCAUGAGGACCAGGGGCCCCAUCGUCAUUCAGGACUGAUGCUUUCACAUCCCGCCCUCCUAUUCCCCCCUCGGCCUGGCUAACGCCCCGCUCUCUCAUGACACCCCGUUCCCCCUGCCCCUUUCCUGACUACACCCCCAUAUCCAAGCCUCCACAUCUCUUCUGCAGUCUGUGAACCCCUCAGCAAUCCCCUGUCAUGCCCACUUUAACGAUAUUGAAGAGAAGCUCUACUCACCCACCCUGUAGCUGCUCCACAGCUGUUAACCCCCUGCUGCCCCCUAAUGGCAGAGAACUGUCAAGACAUUUCUUCAGCGGCAAUAAGAUGUACAGUGCCUCCUGAUCUUAGCCAGUACUUUUUUCUUUAUAUUUGUUGCGACUGCACUCUUUUGACAGGAAUUUUUGGAUGCUGUGUAAAUUAAUCUGAAAGUACGUUGAAGGGACUUUUUUUUUCUUCCUAUCUCCUGUGAACGUAAAAUCUCUGUAUAUAAGUACAGGCUUUUUCGGACGUCUUUUUAAAAAAAAGUGUAUGUUUUAUAUUCCACCCUGAGAAGGUUUGCAUGGUAAGGCAUCGAUGCAGUCACACCUCUCAGCUUCUCACCGACAAUCGCUCCAAGAAGCAUCUGGACGGCAGGUCCUCGGCUCCCUACUGGAGAAUCUAUGCUAAUGAUUUACUUGGCUCGAGUGGACAUGAAGUUUUAAUUCAGAUGUAUCCCUCCCAUUUCAUUCAGAUCCUGUAAAUACUUAACCUCACCCUUACAUUACCAGACUUGAUCAGGUGCCAGAAAGCGUUUCACAACUUUUCACAACUCCCGGCUCUGAAGGCCCAGCGUGUGUCUAAUGGACAUCCAUUCAGUCGGCAACUGUACUGAAAUUCCCCUGCAUAUUUAUCUUGUGUUUUCUUGUAAGUGAAAUGUUUGACGAAAUACGCAGAAUUAAAAUGAAUCU